CACUGUCAGUGGUUGGAUCAGAAUAAUGAAAAAUACAGCAGAACUUAGAUGAUUUUCAUUUCAUCCAUAGCCUGUGCCCAAAAAUAAUCCAGAGAGAUCUUAUGAAACGUCAGCCUGCACGCAUUCAUCCAGUGGACAUGAACAGACACGCACCGGAACAACCAAGAACCGACGUCGUGGGGUUGAUCUUUCCAGAAGCUUUACUUGUGUACUCAAAGCUGUGAAUCACUUUUCUGAGCCUACAGACAUUAGUGGGAGGCUCGAGCAAACGCCAUACUCUCUCCACGACGCUGCUGUACAGUCUCUCUUUCUCCUUAACUGUAAAAGAUGGCAGAAGAAGAAGCUGGUGUUUUCGUCAACCAAGAGCAGUUCAGCUGUCCCAUCUGUAUGGACCUUCUGCGGGACCCUGUGACCAUUCCUUGUGGACACAACUACUGUAUGGAGUGCAUUAAGAGCUUCUGGGAGCAAAAGAACCAGAAGAAGACGUGCAGCUGUCCAGAGUGCAGACAGACCUUCUCGCCGAGACCUGCGCUCAACAAAAACACCCUGUUUGCUGAAGUCGUUGAGAAACUGAGACAGACUGGAAUGCGUUCGCCCACCAUCCCUGGAGUUAAGAGUCAUGAAGUCAUUGCGAAAAAAAAGCAGGACCUCGUCAUGCUCUGUCAGCAAGAGCUUAAAGAGUCACAGAAGGGAUGCCAGCAGGUGAUAAAAGAGCGCGAGUCGGAGCUACAGGAUCUGAGUCAGGCCAUAAUCUCUCUCAAGAGCUCUGCUCAGGCAGCAGUGGAAGAGACAGAGAAGAUCUUCAGCGAGCUGAUUCAGUCCAUUGAGACACUGUGUUUUGAGGUGACAGAGAUGAUCAAAGCAAAGGAGCAGCUGGAACUAGACGAGGCACAUGGAUUCAUGGAGAAACUAGAGCAGGAGAUCGCAGAGUUCAAGAGGAGAGACGCUGAAUACGACACGCUUGCACAUCUUGAUGAUGAAACUCAGUUCCUGAAGAGUUAUGAAACACUGUGUUGUCAGCCGGAGUUGGUGACCUCUCCUGCGGUUCUAGUCAAUCCGGACUUCUCUUUUGAGAUGGUGUCGAGAAAACUCACGUAUCUGAGUGAGGACAUUAAAGGCCUGUGCCAGAAAAAAUUGGAGAAAUUAUCAAAAAAAGUGACAAACCUGAAGUUUAUUCCUACCCCUGAACCUAAAAUCAGAGAGCAGUUUCUGGAAUAUUCGGGUCCCCUGACUCUGGACCUGAACACGGCUCACAGAAACCUCAGUGUUUCCUCAGAGACCGGCGAGGUGACGUGCAGCAAAACCUCUCUGUCCGUUCCUGACCACCCAGAGAGGUUUGACGGCCAUUACCAGGUCCUGUGCAGGGAGAGCGUGUCCGGCCGAUGUUACUUCGAGGCAGAGUGGAGCGGGAAGGGUCCCGUGCACAUCGCAGUGUCCUAUGAGGACAUCAGCAGGAAAGGAAAGAGCACCCUGUGUGCAUUUGGACACAACGCCCAGUCCUGGAGUCUGGUGUGCUCUGAGGAUACGUAUGCAUUCUGGCACAACGGACGGGAAACCAAGAUUCCCAAAAUGCAGUGGGCUCGCAGGGCUGGCGUUUAUGUCGAUUUCUCUGCAGGAAUCUUGGCGUUUUACAGCAUCACAGACUCAAUGAAUCUCAUCCAGGUAAUUCGGACUUCAUUUACUCAACCGCUCUAUCCUGGCUUCAGGAUUAACGUCGGGUCUAGUUUGAGACUCUGUUAUCCACUUUAGUGGCAUGAAAUGGUGUUUAUUCAGUUCCCGAGUAUUUAUGAGAAACAUAUGAAUUAUGAGAGGAUGGGUAAUACUUCACAAUAUGGUUCCAUUGGUUAACCAUAUUAGUUUGCAUCAAUAACAAUGAAAAUGCUUCUAAAGCUUAUAGAAGUCUUAGUUAAUGUUAAUUUCAUCAAUUACUAAUAUAGGCUAAUAUUACAAUCAAAAGCUGUAUCUGUGAAAAUGAUUUAAUGGCCUAUGCUAACAUGAAUUAACAAUUAACAGCUGCAUUUUUACAUUUGUGAUUGUAUAUAUUUGUAUUUUAACGUAAUAAAUAUGUAAAAAAAUGCUAAUUUUUCAUUAACGUUGUUAACUAAUGGGAUCUUAUUGUAAAGUUUCACGUAAAGGACCAACACACUCUCAUUGCAAUUGAUAACUAUUAUGAGUUUUGGCUAAUUCACAUCAUACAAAUUCAUACUAUAAUCACCACCGUGUACAGCAGUUACAUUUCCCUGUAAAGGUUAGAUUUGGCUGCUGUGCUGAUUGUAGAAAUGUUUUCUGGAACCUUGCAUAGAAAAAAUACAAUGAUCAAUCAUUUUCUGGAACCAGAGCUAUCUUUUUUUUAAAGUAAGUCCACAUAUAUUUACAAAAUGUUCUUAUUUUAGUGCUUUUGUAGUUGUUUAUAAAUAUAUAUUUGAAUUAUAUGCCAGUAAAAUAUUUAACUCCAAUUCCAGAGUCUCCUUGACAUUUAAUAUGCACAGUAUAAACCUGUUAAUGAACCAAAAAACUGAAGAAUCUUAGACCAACAUUUAAAAUUUAUUUGGAAAUAAAAAAACAUUCAACCCACUUCUAUACAUUACACAGAACUGCACAGCUUUACAUUCAUCACAAAUUCAGACAUUAGUCUUCAUUCUUGAAGGUAAUGUGUAAUUUCUGCACAAAUGGAACUGCAAAAAUAACUCUUUCCAAACAGGUUUCCCAAACACCCUUAAUCUGUUAUUGGACAAACAGACAAACAGUCAUUCACACAAUAGUUGAACCAAUGUUGCUGUGUCAGGCUGGUUGCUUUUCACAUUCACUGUGCCGUUUAAUAUAAAAAAUGACAUACUUGAGCUUUACUUAAAGAGAUGCAGUAUAAAUUGCAAUUACCUUUUAUUCAGGCAGAAAACCUGAUAAUGCAAACUUUUCUUCAUCUACUACUUCAUUUGCAUGCGCAGACAGGAAUGACAUUUCAGCUAAAAGAAUCACGGAACUUCAAUAACAGCACAGUAAUAAUAAGCAAAAACUAUGCAUUUCAUUCUAUUGACCACAUGUUUCACUAGAUGAUGUUUUAAGUCAAGUAUAGUAAAUAAAACCAUUAAAAGAGAGUCCAUGGCUGCCGGUUCAUUUGCAUUGAUAAAAUAUAGUCAAUCCUCAAUUACAGGGAGAAACCCAUAGCCUCACCAGCAUCUUACUGGACACAGUCAUAACAGUAUUAAAAUUGAAAUAUAUCUCUAUGCAAGGCACAGUACUGUAAUUGAUAUGAAGAUACAAAAAUAUGAUGGACAGACAGCAGAUUGUUUAGGGCGAAUAAAAAACAGGAGCUACAUUCCAAAGUAAGGUGUCACCAUUAUAACAAUGGUGCUUUAUAUCAGAAUACACACUAUUUUAUAUGACUAACACAUUAGAUAGGCACAUCACAUGUGUAUAUGACUCUGCAACACACAAUGUGUCAUGUACAUCCAGGAAGUCCGGUUUGUUGUUGCUUAACAUCUGCAAAAGGCACAGUGUGCAAAAGCGGUCAAACAGGACAUAACUUGUUCGUGUUGAAUCUGUCACAACAAAGGUCAAUUUGAUGGAUCUAGAUAGAGUACAUCUGUAAAUGUGUCGUACCCGCAUAAUUCAUAAUCCAGGCUGCCAUAACUAUAUGUGCAAAAGUUUGGGGUCGGUAAGGGUUUUUAUGUUUUUUGAAACAUCUUUUGCUUAACAAGGCUGCAUUAAUUUGAUUUAAAAAUGCAAUUAAAAAACAAAUAUUUAAAAUAAAAGUAUUCUCUUUAAAUAUAUUUAAAAAUGUAUAUAUAUAUAUAUUUUUCCCGUGAAGGCUAAGCUGAAGGAUUCAGUUUCACAUGAUCCUACAAAAAUCAUUCUAAUAUGCUGAUCUGGUGCUAAAAAAAUUAUACAAAUAAUAAAUCAAUUCUUAUUAUCCAUGUUUUAUUGAAAAAGUAUUUUUGUGGAAACUGACCGAAUUCUUCCCAAAUUCUUUGAUGAACAGGAAGUUCAAAAGAACAGCAUUUAUUUCAAACAGAAAUCUUUUGUAACAUUAUAAACGUCACUUUGAUCGAUUGUGUCCUUACUAAAUAAAAGCACUAAUUUCUUAAAGAAAUAAAAACUUAUUGACCACAAACUUUUGAACAGGAAUAUAUAUAGUAUGAAGUAUAUUUAGUACAACAGUAGAAGUGUAAAUAAUUUACAUAUAAAAAUUUAAUAUUAAUUUAUAGUUAAUGAAAAAUAUUUAGUUGUAUAUUCUUAUUUAUAAUAUAUUAGGCACAUAUUAGCUCUGAGUGGACAGUCAUAGCUGUAUCCAGUGCACUGAAUCAAUACUAAACACACUGUAAAUCAGUAUAUAAAAAAAAUAAUUUGUGUUUGUGAGUCAUUAAAAAUACUUGUAUAACACACACAAACACAUUCUGUGGUGCAACUGCUGCUGGGUGCAUUUAAUUUCAGCUCUAUUUCAACAAACAGCGACAGAACUCUAAAUCUACAGCCAGAUGAGAGCAUCAUUUGCAUAUUCAUCCCUGUUAAAAGGUACUUAUAAUGAGAGAUUGUGCGUGAACAUAUUGCUACAUUCAAACCCAUUCCAGGAGAACAGGGUGAGGCUGGCCAUUGAAACAGAGAAAUCAACAAGUUUGACUUAUUUGUGACAGAGUGAGGUUGCCUUCAUUGAGAAAACAGAAAAUAUGUGCCAUAACUUCUAGAACGUCAAGAAAAGUUUUGAAAAUGUCCCAUCCACUUCCCAUUUUUGUUCAAUUAUGCUCAUUCCUCAACCAUGCAAAUCUUAUAAUUUAAAUAUUCAGAGCCAUUAUCUGUAACAUUUACAAAAAAA